AUUUAUUGCCUCCUCUUUAUUGUAGGUGGGCCUCUUUCCCAUGUGCUCCCCUCAAGUGAUGAUGAGAAUUGAUAGAGAGAGAGAGAGAAGAUAUAGAUGUCAUGUUUUUUGGGAUGGAUUUAUCCUUGGAGCCUCCGAAGAGGAGGAGCGCCGACUCGUCGCCGGAGUUCGAGUUCUGGAUGGUUGGCAAUCCUUCUUAUCCGCAGCCGGAAUUACUUACCGCCGACGAGCUCUUCGUCGACGGCGUCCUACGCCCCCUCCACCUCCUUUCCGUCGUCCACUCCGAAGCGGACCCGGAGCCCGAGCUAGCUGAGCCCCCGCCUGACCCCUCGCCGCCGCUGCCGCCCCCGCUGGAGCCGUCGCCGGCGUCGAUCACGUCGUCGAUCUCGUCGUCGCCGUCGUCCGGGUCGAAGCGGUGGAGGGAUAUAUUCAAGGUCGGGGAGAAGAAGGGGAACGAGAAGGAGCGGCCGCGGAGGGAGAGCAAGGGCAGCGGCGGCAGCGCCGCCGAGCUCAACAUCAACAUCUGGCCCUUCUCCCGGAGUCGCUCCGCCGGCAACGGCGCCGUCACUGCCGGCCGGUCCCGGGCAUUCUCCAUGGCCGGGCGGAAAGCCAGCAGCGCCCCCUGCUCCCGGAGCAACUCCCGCGGCGAAUCCUCCAAACCCUCCGCCGCCGGCGCCGGAACGACGAGGAGGUGGGCGGCGAGCCCCGGCCGGGCCGGGCUCAGCGGGGGGGUUCAUCUGGGCCGGACAAGCCCGGUCUGGCAGAUCCGGAGGGGCGAGAAGCGAACCGAGCCGGCGGCCUGCCGGGGGCUGGAGAGGGCGAACCAGAGGGAUAAGGUCACCGGAUGUAAGAAGGCGACUGGCUUUGGAGGUAGCGUUAGAGUUCUUAAUUUGAACGUGAACACUUGCAUCGGGUAUCGGAACCAGGUGAGCUGUAGGGGUAACGGCAAGGAUGGGGUGACCGGCGGUGGCCGGACUGCCACUGAGGGGAGUGGAGGCAAUGGGAGCCUCUUUAGUUUGAGAUCCUUCUUCUCCAAGAAGGUCUACUGAUGAUGUAGAGAGACCUUUUCCCCCAUUUUUUGGAUGGGUUUUGUUUUAUUUUGUUUUCCUUUUGGUUAAUCAUGCUUACUUGUAAUUAACCACUCUUUUUAAGCAAUCUACUUUUGUCUAUUUUAAACUCUAA